AUGUUCUUUACCAGCGGUGCUGGUUGGAACCUUGAGCUGGUCAUGCACCAAGCAACUGCUUGGAACAUGCCGAUUGCUGUGGCAAUUACCAACACAUGGGCGGAUUUUGUUGCAAUGCCAGUGGCACACCAGAGCCUUUUCUAUUGGUGGGAGCCAGAUGCAACUUUCCUGGAGAUGGCACCAGUUGAGGUGAUUUUCCCACCGCAUGACAGUAUUGGCCAUGCCAAUGGAGAUUUCAAAACAGCUAAGAGGACAAUCAAACUCUCCAAAGGCGUCAGCAAAGACUUGUCGUCACUCUCUCCCAGAGUGGAGAAUUUUCUGGUGAACAUGGAAAUCAGCGCGACCAUGAUCCAAGCAAUCCUGAUGGACCAGAAGAACACAGGAGAUUCCUGGGACGAUGUCACCUGCCGAUGGCUCCAGAGCAACAAAGCCACGUGGGAAUCAUGGUUACCAGAUGAUACCACUUGUUUUGCGGGCUUUGGGCUCGUUGACAUCGAGUCUGGAGAGCUUGCAAUGGAUAGAACUGUUCGCGAGGGCAAAAGGUGCCAAGUUUGCCCCAGCGGUACCUUUUCUGAGCGCUUGGUGGAUUCCAUCGGCGUGACCCACAUCUGUUCCGCAUGCCCCUUGGGCACUAGCCAGGCUUUGGGAGCCUCGCUCAAGUGUGACCCCUGUGACAAGGGCACAUACCAAGACGAGCUGGGAAGCCACAGCUGCAAGCGUUGUCCACUGGGCACCUAUCAGGAUCAAGAGGGUCAAGUCCAAUGCAUUGCGUCUCUUGUCUUCAGAUGA